CAUGGAAUUUAUAAACUUUCUGUAUCUAUCCAUCUCUCACUCUACUCAACAUUAGAGUCUUCAUAGUUUCUUUAAUUUGCUAUAUAUUACAGCAACUUAUUUCAUUAAAAGAUGGUUAUUUUUUUUUUUUAUGUAAGAUUUUCGCGGCUAUAUUAAGGAUUUGAUUGCACGUUGCCGUAGCUUUUGGCCAGUUAUUCGUCUAGGCUGUCCGUGGCAAAGCUACGAUUUGGGUGGAUCGAUUACAGGCAAAAAUAUGGAGAUAGGCGAAGUUAUAAAGCCCCUUUUGGACAAACUCUUCGAGUUGAUCAAAGAGCAAACGAAAUAUGCUACGAACUAUGAAAGCUACAUCGAUGUCCUAAACAGUGAAGUCGAAGCUUUAACAACUGCGAAAGUCGAGUUAAAGGAGAAAGUUCGAGCAGUCAAGAUCGGAACUACGAACGACAUUCUUCCGACAGUCGACCACUGGUUUGGAAAAGCCGAGGAGCACCUAAAAAAUGCCAAAGAAAUUCAGGACAAGGUUUCGGAAGUAGGAAAUGGCUGCUUCUCUAUGCGAUCGCGCUGUUCAUUAAGUCGAAAAGCCGAAAAAUCAAGUGAACAAAUAAGAAUUUUUCUCGAAAAGGAGAAGUUGCGCGAUAUAUCUACACCUGCGCCGCCAAUAUCGAAGACUCUUAAUCCUCCGAAACCGAUACCUAUGUUCAAAUCUCGGAAAGUCGUCGAAGAUGGCGUUGUUAGAGCUCUAGAGAGUGGGAGUGUUCAUUUGAUCGGGAUAUGCGGCAUGAGCGGUGUCGGGAAGACUACUUUGGUCGCAAAAGUUCGAUACGAGAAGCGCGCAUUGUUCGAUGAUAAUGUGAUGGUCGUUGUCGGCGAUAAGAAAGUCGAGACGGUCCAGCUCGAGCUCAGUCAGUACUUAGGAUUGAGUAUAAAUGAAAAUAAGUCGUCGCAAGCUAUGGCGAUUGAUCUGCGCCGGAGAAUAGGCGAAAACCGGAGCCUAAUAAUUCUCGACGAUGUUCAGAGAGUGAUCGAUUUCGAGGCGCUGAUCGGAUUAGGAACGAGCGAUUUAAAAAACUGCAAGAUUUUGGUAACUUCUGAAAACAAGGAAGUUUUGAGUCGAAUGGAAGCGAAUAUCUUCGCGGUGGAUCCGUUAUCGGAAGAUGAGGCGUGGUCUCUGUUUCGCGACACGGCUGGAAGUUGUGUCGAUAAGUCGAAUUUGAAGUCUAUAGCGAAGGAAAUAGCGAAGGAAUGCGAGGGAUUGCCGCUAGGCAUUGUAAGCCUCGGGGAAGCUUUGAAAGAUAAAGAAAAACAUCAUUGGAAGAACGCGUUGAAAGGACUAAUAAGUUCGGAUCCGAAGUUCAGCGACUCGGAGCAUCUGCAAGAAGUUUACGGCCCGUUGAAACUAUGUUUCGAGCUGUUGCACGAUGAAGAUGCCGAGUCUCUGUUGCUGCUUUGCAGCCAGUUUCCGAAAGAUUUCAACAUUAGCGUCGACGAGCUAACCUUAUACGCCACAGGGUUGCGCUUGUGGCCGGAGGGAGUUUCCAAUUUAAGCGAGGCAAGAGAUGAAGUUGCUGUAAAAAUUGAUAAGCUUAAGAGUAGAUGCUUGCUGUGUGAUGGAGAUCACGGCGAUUCAGUGAAAAUUCACGAUCUUGUUCGCAGCGUCGUUAGAUCUAUUGCGCGCGAGAAGAAGUUGGUAGGUGAUGCUCGAAGAAGCGAAUGGAUAUUGGAGUUUACGGAUACGAAGAUAGAGUUUCUUGACGAACGAAGAGGAUGCAAUUUCCCGAACCUUAACAUCUUGAUCGUACAAAAACAUUCGGAAAUGCUCGAUUUCUUGAUGGAGCAUCGAGGCGUGAAGUUUUUGAUCCCAUUGGACGAACGUAUGGCAAUGAGACGAGCGAAGAGUUUGGAGAUAAGCGAUCUAUCGUUUUUGGAGAGGAGCGAAGAGCUGCGCGUAUUGUCUUUGAAAGAAGUUUCAUUCGAUUCGCUGCCGCGAGGAAUGGCGCUGCUGAAAAAGCUUCGAACGUUGCGACUAUACAAUUGCGCGCUGAAAGACAUAUCGAUCAUAGGUAAGUUACCGAGUCUUGAAAUUCUGAGCUGCAUUUGGUGUGUAAAUAUCAGCGAGAUACCUCUCGACAUUCGAAAAUUAGAGCACCUCAAGCUGUUAGAUUUUUCGAACUGCAAAGGCUUGAAAACCGUGGCGCCGGGAGUUUUAUCGAACUUGGUUGCAUUGGAGGAGUUGAGGAUGCUACAAAGCUUCGACGGAUGGGAAUCAUCGAAGAGAAAUGAAACCGAAAGAAAAAAUGCGACCCUCAUGGAGCUUCAGUCAUUACACAACUUAGCGCGAUUGGAGAUUCGAGUGAAGGAUCUUCGCCUGCUCGAGGAAGAGAUCGAGCUUCCAAGAAGUGUCGAAAACUACAAAAUAAUCUGUGGGAACGUCGAUGCUCCAAAUUGGUUUGACACUCUAACAAAAGGCUUGGCCUUGUCUCGAUUACCCGAAGAUAUUCGAAUCUCCAGUUGGAUCGAAAGGCUUGCGACAAGCGCCGAGGGGCUGUACAUAGACGGCGAAGGAUCGAAAAACUUCGAUCUCUCACAAGUUCAAGGGACAAUCAAGAGUUUGGAAGUUAGGAACUGCAGAGGAAUUGAGGCAUUGGUGAACACAGAACAGAGUCGCGUUUUCGGCGAAUUGGAAUUCUUGCUGCUCGGCAAUCUUCCGAACAUUAAAGAGCUCUGCGCCAGCCGGAUAUCUGAUGAAGCGCUUUCUUUCGACAACCUUAAAAUGAUAUUUCUCGAGAAUUUGCCAUCAUUAUCGCGUUUGACUCCAAAUCAGAAGGUUGUUUUCCCUCGCCUUUCUGAGGUCGCUAUUUGGGAAUGUAACGAGCUACGGAAUCCCCUCUCGAUGGAAAUCGGGAUGGAUGCUGUCCUAGAGCUCGAACAUCUUGAUAUUAGACGGUGCGGAAAUAUGAAAGAGUUGUUUUUUCAUGAAGGAAGAAGUAACCUUAAAUUCGAGAAAUUGAAGAAGCUGACUAUAGAAUCUAUGCCGAGUUUGAGGAGUUUCGGCCAAGGACUUGAAAGCCUUGACUUUCCAGUGUUGGAGGACUUGACAAUCGACUUCUUGGAUACGUCGCCGCCUAUUAUCCCUGUUUUGAAGUUAGAUGACUUCUAUCGUCUCGAAGCAAAUACGGAGAAUAGGGAGGUGGAGCGCGCGCGUGAUUAUCGAUCUCUAAAUCACUUUUUCGACGUAAAGGUUGAAUUUGGAAGGUUGGAAAGGUUAGAACUAAGAUGUUGGGACAACAUUCGAAGUUUAUUUUCAUCUUCAAUAAGCAAAAGUGUCGCGGAACUUGAAACUAUAUCCGUAAGUUUCUGCUCGGGCAUGGAACAAUUGAUUGAAGUGGAGAAAAAAACAGAUGAAAUCGAUAAGUGUGAGGCUAUAGAAGAAGAUGAUGAAGAGAUUGCAAGAAAAAGUAUUGUUACAUUCCCAAAACUGCAGGUAAUCCGUUUAGAUGUGUCGAAUCUUACAAGUCUCGGAAAAGGAAUCCAAAGGAUCGAGUUCCCCGUCCUACAUACAUUGGAUAUUCGCCUGGAAUUCUCUCAUAAAAGAAAACAAAAAUCUCCCGACAACGAUGACGAUGUACUUGGCAACAAUGAGGUAAUAUUUGGGAGAUUGAAAACCUUAGAGAUUGAUGGUCAUGACAAGCUCAUCCAAAAAUGGUGUAAACAAAUUCAACCAUGUUUCUUUACAACAUUGGAGGAAUUACAGAUAGUUGGUUGCCACAAUAUUACAAGUUUAUUUCCAUCAUCAAUGGUAGAGAAUCUUAAAAACCUCACAACACUAACCAUUAUAAGUUGCAACAAAAUGGAACAAGUUGUUCAAGAAGACCAGGGCGAAACUUCGAAACUAUUCCCAAGUUUGAAAGUGUUAGCUCUUUUGUCUCUUCCCUCAUUGGAAAUAUUUUGCCAAUGGAGAUGUGCUCUUUUCUUCCCAUUGUUGGAGAGCAUAACCAUUGACAAGUGCCCGAGGAUGGAGACUUUGGCACGAGGAUCUCUAAGGACACCGAUGUUGGCUACACUUACAGUGGACGACACACGUUUUCUCCGAAAUGAAUUGAGUGGAAUCGAUGAUUUGAAUAACUUCCUACGCCAACACAUUGUGUCGACAAAGCAAAAGGUGUGCCUCGAUAACCAUCAACAUUCUUACCUAUUUCUUGCAAGACAACACUGUCAAAGACUUCUUUGAUAUGCAUUUUUUUGGUUAUUACAAUCGUUGUCGUGUCCAUGGUUCGCCGGAUCGGCCGAUUCGGGUCCGACUCGGCCGAUCCGGAACCGGAACGGGCAGGACCGUUCCGGUACGAAAAAAAAAUCCGAUUUUCUUCCAAAUCUUCAUGAAAUCACUCAAUUUUUUUUAUUUUGGAGAUGUUUUUGUCAAUCAUUCUCCUUCCGUUACUUCAAUUUAAUACGUAGAAAUUGUGAAGUACUUCAAUUUCAUAUUUGGAAUUUGAAACUUGGAAAGGAGAAGAUGUGAGUUUAGGGAUAAAUUUAGGGAAGAUAUUGUUCGGUAAGAUGAAGAAGUAGUGGAAGGUGCGGCUGCGUUGUGAAUAAAGAAGGUUGCUGAAGAAGAAGAGGAUUGGAGAGGAAGAUCGAGCAGUGUUGUCGGUUGGGGAAGAGGAUAGUGUAGGUUGGGAAGAAGAACGAGUAGCGAAUAAUUAAUUGAAAAUAUUUUGGAAAAUAACCUAAAUAAUUAUUUAAGUCCAUUUAACUUAAUUUUUGUAAAUAUAAGUAUAAAAUUAAUUUGUUUACUUUGGAUCGGAAUUAGUAUUAGAUUAUUUUAAUUAUUUUGUUUAUUUAAUUUUUAAAUUUAAUUGUUUUGAUUUGUCUUUAAUUUUUACUUAAUUUAUCCAAAUUGAUUUUCAUUAAAAUUGAUAUUUUAGAAUAACUUAUAACUAAUUGUAAAAUUAUUUUUUAGAUCAAAUUAUAUAUAUAAUUUUAAAAUUAAUUAUAUUUAUGUUUUAAUAUAUUUAAUUGUGUAUAUUAUCAUUUUUUAAAAUAAAAAAUUUUAUAUAAAAAUAAUGUUGACCGAUAUUUGAACGAUACACCGCGCCGAUAUGCCGCGACGUAUCUGGAACGAUGAAAGCCGAUCCGCGACAACGAUCCACGACGGCGAACCAUGGUCGUGUCCCAUUGUGAAAUUACUUAUCCACAUUAAUCCCGCUCCUUCUUCUUUU